AGUGUUGACGAGUGACAAACAUUUCGCUAAAUGUUCUUUAAGCUUGAGAACACAAAAUGCAUAUUAUUUUGGAAUUUGGUGUUUUUCUUCUUUAUGGCACGAGGAAUAAAGAAUAAGGUGAAGGCUGAAAAUGCCGUUCUUUCUGAUGAAAAUGAUGUUUCUCAUAUUGGAGAUGAUUGUCAGGUAACACCAGUGAUUCAUGUUCUUCAAUAUCCCGGAUGUGUUCCUAAGCCUAUACCAUCUUUUGCUUGUGUAGGCCGCUGCGCUAGCUACAUACAGGUGUCUGGGAGUAAAAUAUGGCAAAUGGAACGAUCAUGCAUGUGUUGUCAAGAAUCGGGUGAACGCGAGGCAGCCGUCUCUCUAUUCUGCCCAAAAGCGAAGCAUGGAGAACGAAAAUUCAAGAAAGUGCUUACAAAAGCGCCUUUGGAAUGCAUGUGUCGUCCUUGCACUUCUAUCGAAGAAUCAGGAAUCGUACCACAAGAAAUUGCUGGUUACUCGGACGAAGGGCCUUUAAACAAUCACUUUCGUCGCAUUGCCUUACAAUAAAAAAUUAACUUUUUAAUAUACGUAAAUUAUUCUCUA